AUGGUUGGACAAGUUAGCUUGACGAUAGUAAUUAUUCUAAUAAAUUUUGAGCACGCGGGAGGAGAAAACUUAUGGUGUUACGAAUGCAACACUGAUUUGAGGAGUGGUCACACAAGAGAGUGCAACGACCCUUACAUCCGAGCAACUUAUUUUGACAUAGUUCUCUGUCCCCAAAACGAGUCUCAGCAUUGUUUUAAAAGCAUCAUCGAUUAUGGGGACGUGCUGGUGACGGUACGAGGUUGCGUGCCGUCACGCAAAAUCGAUGGAUACUGCCAACCCAAGGAAUAUUUUCCAGGGUCCAGCAUCACGUGUUCCUUUUGCAAACACUACGCAUGCAAUGGUCAAACGUCUACUUAUGCGCCCACGUUGAAAAUUUUAGGCUUCCUUUUAAUUUUGGUUAGUAUACCGAUGUACGCAUUCGCAGUAAGAUUCACCGUGUAUUUUACGUAGAUAUUAACUUCUAUUAUCUGUGAGAUAUUGGUCACUCCGUUAAUUACCUUCAUUGGAAUUACCUAAAUUGAACUUAAAUUGAAAAACGUACGGCCGGAGUGUGACUUUGUUAGAAAUUUCAUAAAGUGUAAUUAACGAAUUACAAUUUUAGUAAAAGAAACGUGCAUGUGCUUUAAAAUACACCACAGAGGGGAACAUGAAUGAGAGGAAAGCUGUUUAGAAUAAGUUUUAACGUUACACUCACGA